CCGAAGGAAAAUUUAUCUUACAUGUAUCAAUUAAAAUGUCAUCUUCCAUACUCCACCAUCUCCCUUCCCUCUCUCCCCCCUCCUCCCUUCUCUCUCUUUUUCUCCCUCCUUAGGAGUCAGACAGGAGAAUUUCUGAAAGUCAAUUUGAAACGCGACUUAGCCGUACUGAAUUCAAACGAGAGAUCGAUAGGGGUUUAACAACGUUGCAACGAAGAUGGUGAGUGAACAAGUUGAAGAAGAAAGAAAGAUGACUUAAGGGGAACGUUUUCUUUCCAUUAUUUUUGUUAAAAUUAGGAAAAGGACUGGAUUUGCAUCCUCUUUUUUCCCUUUAGAAAAAUAAAAAAUGAAAUGGAUCUUUGAGAUGAGAUUGCGAGAAAAAAAACAAAAAACAAAAAUGAAAAAGGAAAAUGAUGGGUGAUGGUUCCAAGAUCCCAUCACCUCCAUGGCUCCAUCCCCUGCUGCCCACCAAACCACCAAAAACUUCCACCCUCGCCAUUAACAAGGAAGAAUAAAGAAUUAGAUAAAACCAACAGAAAGGAAUCCCUUCCUUCCUUCCUUUCGCUACUCCGUCGCGCAACAAGGAGCCCAGAUUUACCUCCACACUAUAUAUCCUCCACCGCCUUCCUCUCUCCCCAUCCCCAGAUCUCCUCCGCCGCCGCCUUCUUCCUCCUCAUGAAAUUCCCAUUAGUCACCCACCGCUCCCUUCUUCUCCCCUUCUCUCCCUUUUCCUCUCUCAAUCUCCCAUUGUAGCACCUACCCACCUCCGCUUAUUUUCGUCGGUGGGCGGGCGGGUGGGCGGAUUUGUGUGUACAUGGAAGAACAGAAGAACCCAUCUCACUCGUAGCAAAUUCGCGAUUGAAUGAUUCCCUCUGCCCUCUGGAUGAGAAAACCGAAGAUGGAUCUGAGAUGGGUAUUGCCGGAAUUUGAUGAAGACAGCUAGCAAUACUCCCCUUUAACACUCCACAUUGACGACGGGUUGAGUGUGCUACAGCGGCAAUGAAAAGGUCAGUUCGUCCCGUCUUUAGCAUUCUCAUAUUCGUUCUCUUCGCCGUCACUCUCAGCUUCCGGAUUCUGCUCCGCCGGACCUUGUUCGCCUCGAUUGAGCUUCCGCACAAUGUAAUCAUGCCCCACCCUGAAAUCGCCCCUGUCUUCAAUUCCACUCUGUUGAAAUACGCCGCCAUAGACAUAGGCGAGGCCAAGGCCAAGCAGGAGAUCGAGCAGUUGCUGGAGGGGAAUUUCGCCAGCAGGGGAAGGUACAGGACUUUCGCUACUUGGAGAAGGUUCAACAACCAUGACCCUAAAGCGACUUCUUCUCGAGGGAUCCCGGUGAUGCUCAGAUCCCCUGAAUUCUACCGCUACUGGCUCGACUUCCGGCGGCUCCUCCAUCUCUGGGCGAGGAACAGAAGGUACCAUCCUGAUGUAAUGGACGAGCUCGUCGAGCUAGUGAAGAAGCCAAUUGAGAAGCAGAAAGGGUCGAGCUCGAAUUCGAAUUCGCGACGUUAUGCUUCUUGUGCUGUUGUGGGCAACAGUGGGAUCUUGCUGCAGAAGGAGUACGGGAAGUUGAUCGAUAGCAAUGAGAUGGUCAUUCGAUUGAACAACGCCAGGACUGCCAAGUUCGAGAAGAAUGUAGGGGCGAAAACCGAUCUGUCUUUUGUAAAUAGCAACAUUGUGCAUCUAUGUGCUAGGAGGCAGGGUUGCUUCUGCCAUCCAUAUGGCCCUGAGGUGCCCAUUGCUAUGUACAUUUGCCAGCCAGCUCAUUUCCUGGACUACACGCUGUGCAAUUCUUCACACAAGUCGCCGUUGAUCGUCACUGAUCCGAGAUUCGACCUGUUGUGUAUGCGGAUCGUGAAGUAUUACUCGCUGAGGAGGUUCGCGGCGGAGACUGGGAAGUCGUUGGAUGAAUGGGGAGCUGCUCACGAUGGGUCUAUGUUCCAUUACUCUUCUGGAUUGCAGGCUGUAAUGUUGGCUGCAGGGAUCUGCGACAGAGUUCAUGUGUUCGGGUUUGGGAAGUCGAGCUCCGCGAAGCAUCAUUACCAUACGAACCAGAAGGCUGAGCUUAAGUUACAUGAUUAUGGAGCGGAGUAUGAUCUGUAUCAUGAUUUGGUGCACAAUCCAAAGGCUAUACCUUUCAUUUCCGACAAGUUCAAGUUUCCUCCUGUAACGAUACAUUAUUAGACAACGGUUUGUUCUGUAUUUUGUUGGCAGACUUCCACGUAAACGUUACACGAGAAGAAAAGUUCGUUUCUUUUUUGUGUGUUUGACCCUGUUCAACAAAAAUGGCGAUUAGGGGUCCAUACGAAAUGUGUAAAAACUUGAUGGGUUAAUGCAAAGUGUGAAGCUUUUAUUCAUUUCCGCAACUCUCAUUGCGUUUACAGCCAUUCCUGUUCAGAACUGGGGUAACUGUUGCUAAUGGUGCAAAAGCAUUUCAU